GGCAUCUUCUUCUUCUCCUGGGGCUCCCGCUCCUCCUCCUCUUCUUCUUCGGUUUAAUUCCCGCUGCUCUCCGUAGCCUCUUUAAACUCCGGCCGCCCUCUCUCUCUUUCUGCUUCUUCUCUUCCUGGUAAAAUGUUGCGAGCCUCUCUCCCUCACUUUCUCUCGCUCUCCGGUCCCGUUUCUGAGUCGGCGGGACGCGAACCGAGCCGAGCCGAGCGAGCAGGGGCUAAUUCCGGCUGUGGAGUGGCGCAGAGACCGCCCCUUCCUCCUCCGGGGAGACAAACAUGAAAGGAGGACGCCCUUUUCUCGGAAACUGCUCCACCUCUACAAUCUCUCUCUCUCGCUCUCUCUCUCUUUCUCUCUCACUUCCGUUCUUUCCCAAUAUGGCGGCCGGUGUCGGCUUACCUGUCCGUCAGGCGGCUGACGUCACCGUGCGUCACGUCGGGAGGCGGCACCUGAGAGAACUAAACUUCAGGAUGAGUCAGUCACUGACCACACUGGAAAAACUACACAGAGACUCACUGAAAUCCAGAAGAUGGAAGAUUUGGACUUAAAGCAGGACAGAACAGAACCUGAAGGAUCCGUCUGUCCCUCUAUGAGGAGUGACCGGUCCAAAGGACAACCUCCAGACUUCAGUACUGAACCAGAACCAUCAGAGAUGACUGCAGAUGGACCGGUACCGGUACCGGUACCGCUCGGCUCCUUCUUUAAGUUCUGCUCAGAGAUCCAGGAUGAUCCGUCUCAACAGAUUAAUCCGUCCUGCUGUGCUUUGUGUCAGGAGGUUCUGGUGGAUCCGGUCUCUACCAGCUGUGGUCACUGGUUCUGCAGACAGUGCAUCAGGUCCUACUGGGACCAGUCUGCUCCAUCUGGACCCUCCUCCUGCCCCCAGUGUGGAGAAAGACCCAGAACAGGAGCUGGACUGCUGACAGCCAAUCAGAGCAGCUGUGCUCCAGCAAAUGUUGUUCUGCAGGAGGUUCUAGAGGAACAUAAGAUCAGUCUCAGGUGGAGAUGUGAAUGUGUGACUGAAGGAAGCGAUGAAACAGGAAGUAGAACCCUCCUCAACAGGAUCUACACUGAUCUAUACAUCACAGAGAGUCAGAGUGAAGAGGUUAAUACCCAACACGAGGUGAAGCAGCUGGAGAGAGCUUCCAAGAUCCAGAAUGUCCAUGACUCUCCAAUCAGGUGCAAUGACAUUUUUAAAGCCUUCCCUGACCAACAUGGAGUCAUCAGAGUGGUUCUGACUAACGGCGUCGCUGGUGUUGGAAAAACCUUCUCAGUGCAGAAGUUCACUCUGGACUGGGCCGAGGGCUUGGAGAACCAAGAUGUCAGUGUGGUGGUUCUGCUGUCGUUCAGGGAACUGAACCUGAUCAGAGAUCAGCAGCACAGUCUUCUCUCGCUGCUCCAUGUUUUCCAUCCAACACUCCAGAAGCUCCCAGCAGAGCAGCUGGCUGAAUGCAAACUGCUCUUCAUCUUUGAUGGCCUGGAUGAAAGCAGACUUUCACUGGACUACAACAGCAGGCAGCUGGUUUCUGAUGUCACACAGAAGUCAUCAGUCAACGUUCUGCUGACAAACCUCAUCAGGGGGAACCUGCUUCCCUCAGCUUUCAUCUGGAUAACUACCAGACCUGCAGCAGCCAAUCAGAUUCCUCCUUCAUGUGUUUCCAGGGCAACAGAAGUACGUGGCUUCACUGACACCCAGAAGGAGGAGUACUUCAGGAGGAGGUUCAGUGAUGAAGAGCUGUCCAGCAGAAUCAUCUCCCACAUCCAGACCUCCAGGAGCCUCCACAUCAUGUGUGGCAUCCCAGUCUUCUGCUGUAUCACUGCUACGGUUCUGGAGAACAUGUUGACCUCAGAGCAGAGAGGAGAGCUGCCCAAGACCAUGACUGACAUGUACUCACACUUGCUGCUGGUCCAGACAACGAGGAAGAAGAACAAGUACCAUGGAGGACAUGAGACAAGUCCACAGGAGCUGAUGGAGGCUGACAGGGAAGUUCUUCUGAAGCUGGGGAGGCUGGCGUUUGAACAUCUGGAGAAAGGAAACAUCAUGUUCUACCAAGAAGACCUGGAGCAGUGUGGUCUGGAUGUCACUGAGGCCUCAGUGUACUCAGGAGUUUGUACAGAGAUCUUCAAAAGAGAGAGUGGGAUCUUCCAGAAACCAGUUUACUGCUUUGUUCAUCUCAGCAUCCAGGAGUUUCUGGCUGCAGUUUACAUGUUCCACUGUUUCACCAGCAGGAAUACAGAGGUGAUGGAGAAGUUCCUGGGAGAAAAUUACAGUGAAACAUCUCUGGAGGAUUUUAUGAACAGAGUUAUGUCUAAAUCCUUCCAAAGUAAAAAUGGCCACCUGGACCUGUUUGUUCGCUUCCUUCAUGGUCUCACUCUGGAGUCCAACCAGAGUCUGUUAGGAGGCCUGCUGGGUCAGACAGAGAUCAGUCCAGAAACCAUCCAGAGAAUCACCAACAAUCUGAAGGAGAUGAAAACUGAUUAUAUCUCUCCUGACAGAAGCAUCAACAUCUUCCACUGUCUGGUGGAGAUGAACGACCUCUCAGUUUUUCAGGAGAUUCAACAGUUCCUGAAAUCAGGGAAUAAACUCUCAGGGAUCCAGUGUUCAGCUCUGGCCUUCAUGCUUCAGAUGUCAGAUGUUCUGGAUGAGUUGGACCUGGAGAAGUACAACACAUCAGAAUCGGGACGACAGAGACUGGUUCCAUCUGUGAGGAACUGCAGAAAGGCUCGGUAA